AUGUCCGUCGAUGACAGCGACUCUCAUUCUGGACGUAAGCGAAAAGUGAAUAUAGGCAAUGCAGAAGACUGGGGUGAUGAUGUCUCUAUCAUCUCAAGAAGCGAUAAACCGUCGGUCGGAACGAUUAUUUUGAAGAUCUCCCUUGGGAUUAUUUUCAUCGGUUCGGCCACUGGUGCUAUCGUCUAUUCGGUUAUCAAUUCAGAGGAAAGUCAGAACCAAUCAGUUGAUGCCAACACUACGCUUUACUUCCCUUAUGACAUCGAUCAGGAAUGUUUCAACGGAACUCUAACAAUGAUGUAUAGGAAAGAUUUUCAGAACGGCCAACAACAGUAUCAGUACGUGUAUUAUGGCACGGAUUGGGUGCAGGAUGCCACAAAGAAACGACUCUACCACCGUGUGGGACUAACACCAGCGGACUGGCAGUACUCCUACUAUGUCUUUGAAGAAGUCACUUUUUUCCAGACCAAAAGACGAUGUACAAAGAUGGAUCAAGGUUAUGCUGAUUUCUUGGAGAGCAUGGGCCUGACAUACAUACGGAAGAAGCGAGAUGAGAAAGUACAAUUGAAUGGUCACUACAGAGAAGUUAUGGUGUAUGAGGGUGAACCACCUGACGACGUGAGCAUCAAUGGGAAACAUCCCUCCCUUAUUCGAGGCUAUUCAUCAGUUCAGAGAAAUGUCACCUACGGAUGGGAAUUGUACUUCUCCCAUACAACGAACUUCUCAUUGUUCGCACAAGAGUAUUGGUAUCCGUCGAUGAGGAGCAGAAAACCGGAUUGGAGUAUCUUUAACGACAUACCAAACGAAUGUCUCAAUUCAUAG